CAAAAAAGGAAGAAUAAAGGAAUCAGCUGACACAAUUCGUUUUUAGCAGCACCGUGUUAUUGUUUUCUGGUUGGAAUGACCAGCUUGUAUUAUGGAAGCCCAGGAGAUGCAACUGAAAGUUAGACGAGUGACUGACAAAUUCACGGAGAGCAUGUACGUCCUGGCUAAUGAGCCGUCAGUCGCUCUCUACAGACUGCAGGAACACGUCAGAAGGUCGUUGCCUGAACUGGUACAACACAAGACAGAUAUGCAGAGCUGGGAAGAGCAGAGUCAAGGAGCUAUCUACACUGUAGAGUAUGCAUGCAGUGCUGUGAAGAGCAUGACAAACAGCAGCAUGUAUUUCAAAAAUAUUGACAGCCUCCUCCGACAAGCCAUCAAAAUGAAGGAGCAGAUUAGCAACUCUCAAGGGCGCAGUGCAUGCAGCUUACACGAUGUGACCCCUUCUCCCAGUACCCUUGUCUCUGCUCCACAUGCACCUUCCACUUCCACAUGACCCCUGAACAGAGGUGUCCAAGGAAAAGGACCGUGGACUCUGGCAUGCUAAAGGAAGGGGGAGAAAAGCACAGUUCUGGGGGUGUGAUGUGAAUUCCUGAGCUGGUGGUGUUGCCUCUACAGUCCCUUACUCAGCUGCCUCUUGACUGUGGCUUGAAGUGGGGUCAUAAGGGCGACGCCGCCUCAUCACAUUGGGGUGAUUGCCUCCACUGAGCGGCUUGUACUGAGCAUCACAGCACUGCCAGGUUCAGCAUUAAAAAAAACUUGAGUCAUGGAAGCUGCUCAAAGAAUGCAUUGUUGAACUUGAGAAGAUAAAGAAAUGGUGUGAUAGUAAUAUACUGUCUCUGAAUCUGGAUAAAACUAAAUUUAUGGUAUUUGGGAAUCGUAGACCAGAUAACGAACUUCGACUGAAAAUUGGGGGGGCUAAUAUAGAACAAGUAUAUGAAAUCAAAUUUCUAGGUGUCAUAGUUGAUGACAAAUUUUCCUGGAAAUCUCAUAUC